CAUUUUUAUAAUAACACUCGAUUCCCAUCUGCGAAACGGACCGCUUGUGACAAACAGACAUACACUUUAUUGUAUAAAAAUACAAGUGAUACAAUGUCGUCUAAACUUACUGUACUAGUAUUUGCUACAUUAAUUACAAUAGGAUAUGGUCUCACUCCGACUAAUUACGAUCUCAGCCGAAACAGAUUGAGUGGUUUUGGAAUAAGGGACAUAUGGGAAUAUUUGUUAGGAGGUGGGAUCGGAUACGGCCAGUACGCGGGCCAGUACGGCGGAUAUCCGGGCGGGUAUCCGGGCCAGUACCCGGGGCAGUACCCGCACCGGCCGGACGGGCCACCAGGCGCCCACCCAGGAUGCCCGCUCUGCGAUUCUUCGGUGUACAGCUACUGCUCGCACAAAGAAGCCCAUGACUCCUGCUGCUGUGAUAAUUCGGGAUAUCAUGCGUUCACUUGCCGCCGCACGGACUGCAAGUUCCUGUACGCCAACUCUUGCCAGGAGUACCACCUCAUCACCAACUGCUGCUGCGUCGAUCUACAGAAGAACGCGCCCGUAGCGCCGAUUGUGCCAAUCAUUGCGCCCAUCGUGCCAGCCUAGGACUAACUGGUCGACCGAAGCAAUAUAUUCCUCACCUUGAAUUACUUUAUUAAAAAAAAAUAAUAAUAAUUGAUUAAUCAUUAAUUAAUAAUUAAUUACUUAUAAAAUAAUGAGUAAUUGAUUAAUUAUUAAUUCUUCAUUAAUUAAUUACUGUUUCAUUAAUUAUUAUUGGACUGAAAGGCAGAGUUUUAUAAUAAAAAAAAUUGCGUUCCACAAACUUGUGUUAAUAAAUUAUAUUAAUUUAAAUUUAGUAGAUCGUACACCGUACACCUAACUGAAAUUAUUUGUAAAAUAUUCCAGUGUAGGUAGGAUAAUCAUAUUUUAUAAUUAAUUUUUUUUUAAAGUGGAAUCGAAUAAAAUAUCAAACUUUACAGACGAUCAAUAGGAGAUUAAUUAUAUCUAGACUUAGAUUACAGAUAAUAUUAUUUCGGACAGACAGCGGACUGGGCAGAAAGGCGACGUACGCUGUGAAUGUGAGACGGGACGGGAGUCGGGACGUGGUGAGCGUAGAUGUAGGUAUAUCACAUUGCGGGCAGUGAUUACCAUAGAUAUACUUUUGAAAUAAUAUGUAGAUUUUGACUGAACCCAGGACCUCAAGAUUUGCACUGAAAACCUAAAAACAUAUCCACUAAACUAAAAAGCGAAAAAUAACAUCAUAAUAUGUUCUACAUGCUGAUCAGUAUGAAGGCGGUGCUAAGCCGGUGAUGUAUUUAUUAGUUUGUGGGUUUUAUACUAUUAAAACAACUUGAUGGAUAUAACUGAUCACUAUUAUUAUUAUCCAAAAUAUUAUUAUUUUAGCAAGGUAGGCAAUACGUCCGUCCACUAGCACGGUGUGACAAGAAGUGAGGAACAUUACGAAAACAUUUAAUUACGUUCUGUUUGGAAUGAACGAAGAUGGCGCUGGUGUAUUAUUUAAUACAAUCAAAUAUCUUUUUAAUUAUAUUUAAAAUCAAGAUUAGUUUUUGUAUUUAUUUGUAAAAUAAACCAACAGUAUUAAUUCAAGCCAUGUGAGAAUAUCUUAUAGAUUUAGAUUUUGCAGACAGUGUUGUUUCAUGUGGUCCUGUCAGAAAUGGCUUAAAUUAAGACAACACUGGCUAAGCACCGCCUUCAUACUGAUCAGCAUGUAGAACAUAUUAUGAUGUUAUUAUUCGCUUUUUAGUUUAGUGGAUAUGUUUUUAGGUUUUGAAGUCGGUUGUAUUUUUUUUAUUAUUUUUCCAUUUUUAGUGUAAGAUUUUAUCUCAAACGAAUACAUCAGACCCCUAAUGGCAGUCACAACCCACCUUGAUACAAAAUUCUCAGCAAUACAAAUUAAUCAAGCCCAAGCACAAGGUAGCUACCGUAAACCGUUAAGGAGUUCCCUUAAUUGACCUUGGUCUUCAUCAUCAGACCCCUAAUAACAGUCACAACCUAUCUAUGUGGAAAGUUCUCAUUAAUACAAAUUAAUUAAGCCCAAACACAAGGUAACUGCUGUAAAUCGCCGAGGAGUUCCCUCGUGUGUUUUAUGGCUCCAUCAUGAGAUCGAUUAUAAAACUUCAUGAAAUUGUAGCGCUUAAAAAUACUAAAUGGAAAAGUUUACGAACACACUAGACUUCCAUAUAAUUUUCGAAAGUUCCCCUCAACUUCUCCAGGAUUCCAUCAUCAGAUCUUGACAUGAUGGCAAUGGGACCAAAUGGGGACUAUACCGUUUCAAACAAAAAAAGAAUUUUUGAAAUCGGUCCACGCGUCUUUGAGUAAUCGGUGUACAUACAAAAAAAAAAAAAAAUACCGACCGAAUUGAGAACCUCCUCCUUUUUGAAGUCGGUUAAAAAAAGCCAGAAAGUACACUUUUACGACGUCCAUUUUUGUUAUAAAACACAAGUCUGACAUCGAGGGGCGUCGUGCGUCCAUUCUAGUGUCUGUGUAACAGCUAAAAUGUAAAGUGUAAACUCACAGAACACAAACACAAACAGUGUCCCGUCCCGUUGCGCUCUUAUUGUAUUCCCGCCGGACGCGACGGCGACACGACGCGACGCGAUAGUUAUGACAUGUUCUCAAAGUACAUUACAAUUUGUGAUUACGUCACGACGCUGAUCGCUAACUCCCCAAACCUUUAGGUACCUACCUAGAAUUCAUAAAAAGACGUUGGCUACCGAAAAACCCACACAAGUUCAGUGGUAGGUAUAAUUCAAAACAACUGAAAGCUAGGCUAGCUAGGCUCACAGAGAACAUAAAAAAAAAAAAAAAUUCUCUACAAAAAUGAAUUGUGGAUGAACAAUUUUGUUGUUCAAUUUAACAAAUGCAUUUUAUUAUAAAAUCAUUUAAAAUAUGUAAGCACUAAAACGCGGAAAGCAACUUUGUUUUAGAGUUUAGAAAGAUGUAAAAUAAAAGUGAUUAUUAAUUA